ACGGAAGUAGCUGUUGCCCACGUGUUUUUUCAACGGAUUUUGAUGUAUGACAGCUUAUGCCAAACCCGUCUAUCUAGAGACUGUAAGAGAUGCCACCAAAGAAAAUGGCCAGAGCGAGUACAACAGCAGCAACUUCAGGAAAAGAUGACAGUGACAAAGCCAUCUCUUCUGCGAAGCGAACAGUUGGGUGGAAGAGGAAAGCUGCAGCUUCUGUUGAGACUGGAAACAGAAAGGACAGCUCAGAAUCACCUGGUUCUGCACAGUACUGUCACUGGCUGAUUAAGUCUGAGCCUGAGAGCCGCCUUGAGAAGGGGAUCGAUGUAAAGUUUGGAAUUGAGGACCUGAAGGCUUUGCCUAAUCAGACCAGCUGCUGGGAUGGCGUCCGCAAUUAUCAGGCACGCAAUUUCAUGAGGCAGAUGAAAGAAGGGCAGCUGGCUUUCUUUUACCACAGCAACUGCAAGGAACCGGGGAUAGCAGCAGUCGUUAAAAUUGUGAAGAAAGCAUAUGCGGACCACACUCAGUUUGACGAGACAGACGUCCAUUAUGAUGCAACUAGCAAACCAGACAAGCCCAAAUGGAGCAUGGUGGAUGUCCAGUAUCAAAGAAUGAUGAAACGUUUUCUUCCUCUGUCUGAGCUGAAAAAGUACCACCUGCAACAUCGCUCCACGGGAGGGCCGCUAAAGGACAUGAUGCUAUGUACAAGGGCCAGGCUCUCUGUGCAACCCCUGACCACAGAGGAGUUUGACUUUGUCCUAGGUUUGGAGGACAAAGAGCAACUGUGACAAUUUGGACCAGAUGACAACUCACGAUGUGUAAAAUCAUGAAACUGCAACCUAGUGUCACGUCAUAUGCAAAGUGCAACUAGUAUACAAUACUGCAGUGCUUUUUGUCUUGUUCAUAAAUAUUGUCAAAUUACAGCUCCCAUGUAAUGUCGACCUCCCUCUGAUACAGGACCAGCUUGCUAUAUAAAAACAUUGAAUAAAGGUAUUAUAACACA